AUUUUGAGAACAAAUUAUAAAUCUAUAGUGCUUGGCCUCGGGCGCAAAUAUCGCCAGGCAAAAACCAAGCAUGAGUAGCCAUGAAUUCAACCACGGGGAUAGAGCCUUUCUCCAGGCCAUUUUAGCUCGAGGAACGAUUACUUUCGAAGAAGCCCGUCCUAUCCUUACUGCGAUAUUCAAUGCCAACCGCAGGCACAGCGCAGAUGAGGAGGGAGACGAAGUACGAACAGAUCAAAUCACCGAAGAACACUUUCAAGAGGCCAUAGACAAAGCUUCAGAAGCGGCAUCGCUUUUUGACUACGAAAUCCGAAGUACUUUUCACCAAAUUACCAAGAGACGAAUAUGGGCUUUGGUCAAUACCACGUCCGAUCCGCAGACGCAACUCGCUACCACAUACAGCCACGAAGAAAUCUCGUUCAUUAAACGUGUUCUAGACGCUAUGUUUGAAAAGUUCAACACCCCCCGUAUGGAAGUCAUGGCUAUCACCGAGAUGCAGGCCAUCAAACUGGCGCGGCCGAACCGAAGAGAAAGCCAGAUCGAUGUGGAAACGCAGACGCAAACAACUGUAGACAAAGGACUUAAGCAUAGUGAAGUAGAAGCUGUACUCGCAAAUUUGGUUGAGGGAGGGUGGUUUGAGAAGAGUAACGAGGGGUUCUAUACAUUGUCACCCCGAGCGUUGUUGGAGUUGCGACCCUGGCUAGUUGAAAGCUACAACGACCCGGAUCUUGGGCUACGCGACUGGCAGCGCAUCAAGUUUUGCGAAGCAUGCAAGGAUCCAGUUACGAUUGGUCUGAGAUGCGCAGAGGUGGAUUGCAACUUCCGACUCCAUGAGGUAUGUGAGGAGGCUUUCUGGCGAACUAGGCGAGACAGCAAAUGCCCACGAUGCUCUACCGAGUGGUCAAGUCAUAAGUUCACAGGCGAGCGAGCGGUCACAUCGACGGAUGCUUUCCAACGGGGACGGCGGAAGAAUGGUAGCGGCUGGCAACGUAGCACACUCGCCGAUGAGGUUAUCCGUGACGAAGGAGGGGCAGAUGAGGUAGAAGACGAGGACGUUGAUGACGCCUGA